AUGGCGAGUCCGUGCCCAGUGCAGCAAGCACUGAACUACGGGACCUUUUAUACCAGAAGCCAUGCACAGAAAGCUGCUCAACGCCAGGAGAGAGAUGAUUUUGGGGCCUACAGCAACGGGGCUGCCACCUUUUUCCUCCAGUGCUCUUCCUGCCCUUUUGACUGCGGCGGACAGGUCAAGCAGAUCAUCUUGACUCAGGGCCAAAAACUCUUCUUCGGGCCACAGGAGGCGCUUCAAGGAAGGAAGCAAGAGAAACUUGGCAAUGCCCAACUCUGCCCCCUUCCAGCACUGCCUGUCUGUGCCCACACUCUGGUGCCCACUCGGUGCCCGGCCCAGACACCAAAGCCCUUUCCGCCCACUGCCCACCCAGAGGAGCUUUACGUGCCGGGGAGCUUUCCUUGCCCCGGAUACCCGCCGGAAGCCCUGGCUCUUCCCGGGCACUGCCCCAAGAGGAUGACGCUGUUUGUGACCCAGUGGUUCUUGAAACAUGAGUUUUGGCUCCCUCCGGGAUUUACCUGGGAGGACAUGAAAGAGACCGACAAGAUCUGCUACCCUCAGCCCCAGCAUCUCCUCCUCGGCAUCCCUUUCGCUUUCCUCCUCAUCGGUCUGCGGCUGGCCUUUGAAAGGAUAGUUGCUCUGCCCCUUAGCAGAAAAAUGGGACUUCGGGAGAAAGUGUGCAGGAAACCUGCUCCAAAUGCUGUUCUGGAAGCCUUUUACAGCAGGCACCGAAAGGGACCAGAAGAGAGUGAGUUGAGUGGUCUGGCCAAACAAUGCGACCUGCAGCCCCGGCAGGUGGAGAGAUGGUUUCGAUCCCGGCUCAUCCAAGACCGGCCCAGCCUGACAAAGAAAUUCUGCGAAGCCUGUUGGAGGACCGCCUUUUAUAUCACAUCCUUCACCACAGGCCUGGCUGCCCUGCAUGAUAAAUCCUGGUUCUGGGACUUUCGCGAGAGCUGGACUGGGUACCCACAGCAGCCACUUCUGCCCUCCAUCUUUGCCUACUACAUGCUGCAGCUUUCCUUCUACUGCUCCCUGGUCAUCACCCUCCCGUUUGACGUGAAAAGGAAGGACUUUAAAGAGCAAAUUGUCCACCAUGCUGCCACCAUCUUCCUCGUCAGCUUCUCAUACUGUACCAACUUCCUCCGCUGUGGCACCCUGAUCAUGAUUAUCCAUGAUGUUUCUGACUGUUUCCUGGAGCCCUCCAAGAUCUUCAACUACCUGAAAUGGCGUUGGAUUUGUAACACUCUGUUUAUUGUUUUCACCAUCAUUUUCCUCGUCACCCGCCUGGUAAUUUACCCCUACAAAUUGCUCUACCACACAUACUAUUACUUCAUAGAACUCUACCAACCAUUUUUUGGCUACUACGUCAUGAUGGCUCUCCUGAUAGUCCUGCAGCUGCUACACAUCUUCUGGUCUUACCUUAUCAUCCAAUUGGUGUACAAGUUCCUUGCGGCUGGUUCAAAGGAAAAAGACGUGAGGAGUGACUCGGAAGACAGCGAGAAGGGCGAAGAAGACGGCACAGGAGAAGGAAGCCAAGAAGAAUUGAAGCGGGUCAUGCUGUUGAAGUGUUAG